CUCAGCCCUGUUUUCCCCACCCGGCCACUAGGUGGGUCACUCACUCGACCCCAGCCUCGUUUCAGUCGAGAACCACCUCCAGACCGGGACGGUCAUCAGACGCUGACGCUACGCCACCAAGUCAUCUCUAACCGAACAGUAGGCAUGGAGCUGGAUCAGCUGCCUGACGAGCUGCUGCUGAUGGCGAUGGAGUAUCUGGGCGUGCAGGACCUCAUCGCGCUGCAAAUCGUGUGCAAGAGGCUGGGGGCUCUUGCCCAGGAUGUGCGCGUUUGGCGGCACCAGUCCGUCAGCGACGGCGACGCCCGUCUGGGCCCGACGCUGCGCCUGGCGCCGCGCCUGAGAAGCCUUCAGACCAGCGUGCCGUCGGCACUGUCGUCCACGCUGUACAGCACCAAGUGCGCCGUGUCGAAGCUAAGGCUGUUCGUGGAGAGAGAUGGCGCGAUUCACGCCACCCAGCUGAUCCGCCACCAGGAGGCGCUCGGCAGGCUGAGGGACCUCCACCUGACUCUGUUUCCGACAAGAGACGCCGUCCAUGAUUACGAGGAGCUGAUCUGGGCGGUGGCGUCGAUGUCUGGCCUCGAGAAGCUUGUAGUUAAACUGUGGAGCAGAACUAACAACUUCCGGCUCCCCCCGCCGAGGGAGGACAGGGCUGUCCCCCGGUCGUCUCUAAAGAGUCUCCGCUGCAUUUCAACCGAUAUGCAGCCCUUCUACAGCGUGGUGCUGGCCGAUCACGCCGCCACCCUGGAAGAGGUGUACCUCGAGCUCGAGGGCGACCACUACCCCGCCGGCAUCACGCUCCAGCUCGCCGGCAUGCCGAGGCUGCGCGUGCUCCGCUGCCCUCUGCUCCCCGGACUGGAAGCCGUGGCGGCGUGCGGGUCGCUGAGGGUGGUCACACUCUGCGUGAACAACGAGCCCGCUGGCAUGCAAGGGGCCAAGGAGUUCCUGCGUCGCGCCACCCAGCUGCGCGAGGUCGCCUUGAGGAAAUCUAACACGGGCAUGUACAAUUACGAAGGCGAAGGCGACCGACUAGUCCUGGCCCUGGUCUCACGUGGCCCGUCCCGCGUUGAGUCCUUGACGAUUGACCUCGAGGACGAGGUUGCUGGUUUCUUUCAAGACCCCACCAGUGAGCUGGGACCACUGCUCCAGGCCCUGCCCUUGAUGCCAGACCUACGCACGCUGCAGGUGGACGAGUUUAAGGACGAGUUGCUGCUGGCCAUCACGCCCGCCUCGGCCCCGGCCCUGCGGACUCUGAAAGAGCAGCCCCGGGAAGCGGAUGGCAGUGGAUGCGCCCACCGAUUUCUGCACCACGAGUCGGUACAAACCUUGAUGUCGUUGAACCCGUCGCUGAAUGUGCUUGUGUGUGCAGGCCGGUUCUGCCCUCCCGAGUACAGGGCUGCAUGUGAAGGAGCGUGUGCAGAGGGCUGCCAUCAGGAUCAGGGUGUGUGGGACAACGAAGAGGGGUCCACUGGUUGUUGGACCAAAAUCCCUCGAUUAAAUCCCGUGAGCAAUGAGUAAAUGUCUUUCAGAUUGACUUUGUGAAAUUUGGAUGUUUUCUCAUUUGUUAGAUGCGGAGAUGUCUGCGCUGUUCUAAAAGCAUCUUUGAAUAUAUGUGACAUUGUAACAAUUAUGAUUUUGAAAAUAAAACAGUUCUUCUCAUACUGCGUUUUGCUUUUCUAAUUAUUUUAUUAGGCCUGGAGGUGUUUACAUGUGGAUGUUUUAGUAACAAUAAAGUAACUGACAAAUACAAGUAAGAGAGUUACAAAAAUAUUUUUUGCUUAUUUUAUGCUUGAUCAUGAAAUACGUCAACUUUAUGAUUCUUAAAUAUUGACUGCUUAGUGCUUAGGGGGCUUAUUUUAAUUACACACAUUGUGUGACAUAGUGACAUACUGGAAUAUAUGCAAUAUGAUUUAUUUGAAUCUUUAAUCUACUUCUUCAUUUAUGUCGACACACGUACAACAAAUUGUAGAGACCCAAACAUAUCAUUUGAUAAAUAUAUACAAAUUUUUUGGAAA